AUGAUUUUACUCACGGACAAGAAGAUAUCCGCUCACCUCGCGUGCGAGACUCGUAGCGAUGGAAUCGAGCACAUUGCGAAUCUAACUCCAAUCCAAACUUUCUGUUCAUACUUUGAGAAGAAAAGAAUUUCGAAUUUAUCCUACGACGUAGAACUGCAAUUGCAAGAAACACACCUAGGUGUCGAGAAUAAUCGAAUCUCAACUGCGCAGUCGACUUUGACUUUCGGUAUGCAGGCAUUGGACUUGAGUCCAUCACUAGGCAGCAAUGCAUCGAUCAGACGCGGCUGCGCACAGCCGGAAAAUGGUUAG